UUAGAAAAAUUUCUUUUAAAAAUGGGAAUAUUUUCUUUAAUUUAUUUAUUUUCAAUAUUAUUAAAUUCUUUGUGUGAUUUACAUCAUUUAAUUGUUCUUUCUGAAUGGCAACCAAACACAAUUAAUUGCAAAACAAAAGGAGGUGCUUUUUCUGGUAAUUGUAUUAGACCAGAACAACCGGAACCAAAAUUGUAUGUUUUUGGACAAACAAUGGGAAUGGCUACUGGUUUAGCUGUUGGUUUAUGUAUAUUUUCUCCGAAAACAUUGGCUACGAUGUCCUCACUUUCUAGUUGGAAAAAUGCCUUAAUAUGUUGCCGGUCUUUACAAAUAAAAAAGUCAACAAUAAUUAAUUCUUCAUUUAAAAAAACAAAACAACAAACAUUAUUAAUCCCUCCCCCUCCUUCUUUUCCUCCUCAAAGUCCAAAAAAUAAUUUAGUACCCCCUACUUCUUCAAUUACUAUUUACAAUUCACAACAAAAUAAUCAAAAUUUAAAUACCAAACAAUAUAUUCCUCUUUCCAUUUUAAGUAAAAAAGAAACAAAAAAUAAUGAGCAAAUUUAUGAACACCAAAAUGUUGGAGGGAUUAGACAACAAAUUAUAUUAGAAGAACAAUCAUCAAAUGCUGCUUAUUUAUAA